AUGGCUUCUGGGAGAGAAAGCAGCUCUGUCGAGGGCUUGAAGCCAGCAACACUUUCAGACACUUCGCCCAAGCUCUUCGAAGAGACCAUACAAAAUGCCACCGCCACCUACCACAUUGCUUACAGAGCCGCGACACUGAUUCCCGCAUCCAAGGCAGCGACCACAAUAGCUUACGCCAGUUCUACCGUCUCUUCCGUCCGCGUGGUAGUCCAAGAUGGUCGUACAGCGCCGAAAAACAUUGUCAUUCACGCCGAGGACCUAUACAUCUACGCUGGAACAGAUUUCGAUUUCAGAGGGAAGACCGUGACCAUCAAUGCUAAUCGAAUUUUCUGCGUUCCCGCUAUGUUGCCGCCGCCUGCACCGAUGUCUCUUCCACAACUUGGGCCGGCGCUUCCGCCAUCGACUGGCAUAUCUUCAAAGGCAGUGGCUUCAGCUACAGCCUCAGUUUCAGCUCUAGGCACACAACCAAAUCACACUCUCCAACUUGCACAUGGCCCAGCGGUCACGGUACCCAUCAUCACCAUCAAUAUCUCUGGCCGUGAUUCUGCUGUCCGUCGUUGGCCAGCUGCGGCUCCUGGCACUCCUGGAAUCGAUUUUGGACUGCUCUGGCGGGAGCCGCAAUGGAUUAUCGCUCGCCCGACUGACUUUGUGCCUCCACCCGCUGUAUACCGAAACGGGGUGGAUUGGGCAAAGCGGCAGAGGAACGAGGCAAUCAAACAGGCCAACAUGAGGGCUCAAGUUGCUCGCUUUCCGAGGCGACCGGGCUUUCCCAGGAUUUGGGGAACUUGA